CUGGAUGAUCCUCUGCGCGGCGGCGGCUCCUCCUCCCCGCCUCGGCCCGGCCCGGCCCGGCCUGCUUCGUGGGCCGAGCGAGCCUCCCUGAAGUGGGGUGGAGGGGUGGGAGAACCAGUUCCCUCUGCGCUCUCUCAUUGGGCAAGCAGUCCAGUGUAUGGCCUUCAUUUCCCUGCGCUACAAUUACACACUACUAAAUCUACCAUGAAGUUUAGCCAGGAAGACUUUGAAAAGGCCAGAGAGCAGCUGAAACUUUUGAAGACGGAUCCUGGCAACCAAGUCAAACUGAAUAUUUAUGCAUUGUUUAAACAGGCUACUGAGGGCCCCUGCAAAGCUCCCAAACCAGGAAUGCUAGACUUUGUCAAAAAGGCCAAAUGGGAUGCAUGGCAAUCACUUGGCAAUUUGCCACAGGACAGCGCAAGACAGAAAUACAUUGAACUUGUAUCCAGUUUGGUGGCUGCAGAAUCUUCUCAGGUUGAAGCGACUCCUCCUGGCAGCAAGGCUGCCUAUGAAACACUAGAGGUUUCUACUAAAGACAACAUCACAAAGAUUGUGUUAAACCGCCCCAAGGUGAAAAAUGCUAUCAGUAAAAAGAUGUACGAUGAAAUUGUUGAAGCACUUGAGGAAGCAGCAAAGGAUGACUCUGUAAUUACGGUUAUCACAGGUAAUGGAGAUUACUACUGUAGUGGAAAUGACCUGAACAACUUUACUAACCUCCCAGCAAAUGGAUUAGAGGAGAUGGCAAAGAAUUCUGCAGAAAUGCUCAAAGACUUUGUUGACCAUUUCAUUGAUUUUCCUAAGCCAUUAAUCGCUGUGGUGAAUGGGCCAGCUGUGGGUAUUGCUGUAACUCUCCUUGGGCUGUUUGACGUGGUGUAUGCUACUGACAGGGCGACAUUUCACACCCCCUUUAGCAAGCUGGGCCAGAGUCCGGAAGGAUGUUCCUCAUACACGUUUCCAAAAAUUAUGGGCGUAUCCAAGGCCACGGAGAUGCUGCUUUUCAACAAGAAACUGACCGCAGCGGAAGCCUGUUUACAAGGGCUUGUCACAGAGGUUUUCCCUGACCAGGUUUUCCAGAAGGAAGCGUGGGCACGGCUGAAAGCUUACGCAAGCCUUCCCAAAAAUAGUUUGGCAAUCUCCAAGCAGUUGAUGCGAAGCAUGGAAAAGGAGAAGCUCCAUGAAGUUAACUCCCAAGAGUGCGAAUGUCUCAAAGGGAGAUGGCUGUCCGAUGAGUGCAUGAACGCCAUAAUGAGCUUCUUUCAGAAUUCCAAGCUCUGAUCUCUUGCCAACUGUGCAGAAAGAAAUGUCUGUAGAAUAGUUCCGUUCCUCUUACCAGAAGACUAAAUUUCAUUCAACGAAUCCUUUGAAUACAUAUCCACGUUGUGCCUUAACAGGGACGAGCGUAAUCCGUUUAACGUGCAGGUGGCACCUUCAUUCCCAACGUUGUCAAGCUUCUCAUUUUUUGGAAUUUCCGUCUUUUGUAUUUGGACAUGAAUUUGUGGUGCCAGAAACAUCGUAUUCCUCCCUCUGGGCACUCAGGUGGGAAAGCGCUCACUGCUUUGCAUGCGGAGCGGAUUUCUUUGAACACGACGAUGACUGUUUGUCUUCCGAAAGGGGUCACUGAUUCAAUGUCCCCAAACUUUUUAAGCUCUUGAAUAACUGACUGUCUGUCAUAGUGGGCCGACAUGCUAUUUGGUGUCCAUCUGUUGCGGGGGGGGGGGGGAGAGAACGUAACAUUCGUGUUAGCGGAAAAUUUGAAUUAAAACAUUUACUUACAAAUACUUUGGAACCUUAUAACAGUUCUGUGCGUUUUGCUAUGUUAUGUGACACUCGCUCAAUGUCGUGGGUUAAUACAGUCCUUUUGCAAACCGCA